AUGGCAACGUUUGAUUUGGGCUCUAUUACCAGCGCCCUUACCGACCUUGAUCAGCUCGGCGUGAAAUGGGUUGGAAAAGCGUCGAAAUGGGGAACGGAAGCACAAGCAAAAGAUCUGAUCGACGCAAUAAAUGCGUGUCCUGACAUGCGUUUCCUAAACUUGGAAGGUAACACGCUCGGCGUAGACGCCGCCAAGGGAAUUGCCAAAGCGCUCGAGAAACAUCCCGAGCUCAAGCGUGCUCUGUGGCAGGAUUUAUUUACCGGGCGUAUGAAGGAAGAAAUUCCACUAGCGCUGAAGGCGCUCGGGCAAGGCAUGAUAACCGCAGGAGCCCAGCUUACCGUGCUCGAUUGCUCCGAUAAUGCACUGGGACCGAACGGUAUGGUUGGGCUAGUGGAUUUGUUGAAAAGUACCACAUGUUUCACGUUACAGGAACUGAAAUUAAACAACUGCGGUUUGGGCAUCGAAGGAGGAACCAUGCUCGCCAAAGCCCUUCUGGAUGGACACAGCGGCAGCCAAAAAGCCGGCAAACCGCUCGCACUGAAAGUAUUCAUAGCCGGCCGUAAUCGGUUAGAAAAUUCUGGAGCUGCAGCACUGUCGACCAUGUUUGCCGCAAUCGGUACGCUGGAGCAGAUAGAAAUGCCACAAAAUGGAAUAUACUAUAAGGGCAUCGAAGCCCUCUCGGAGGCGUUUAAAGUAAACACUAAUUUGCGCAUCCUGAACCUGAACGAUAACACGAUUGGUCCAAAAGGGGCAGCUGCGUUGUCGGAGGCGUUACAGCCGUUGGUACACUUGAAGGAAAUCAACUUUGGGGACUGUCUGCUCAAAACCCGAGGAGCGAUACUCAUCGGCGAGGCGUUGCACGAGGCCCACACCGAUCUGGAAGUGUUGGAUUUCGGGUUGAACGAAAUCGGAUCUGACGGAGGCUUUGCGCUGGUGAAUGCUGCCGCGAACAAGCACAAGUUACGCUCGCUUGUGCUAAAUGGCAACCAGUUUGGCGAAGAAUGCUGUGAGCAGUUGGAGGAGCUGAUGCAGGAGUACGGCCGAGUAAACGUAAUCGAGUUGGAGGAGGAUGCUGGUGACAUCGACGAAGAGGAGGAGGAAGAAGAGGAGGACGAUGAUAACGAGGAGGAAGACGAGGACGUAAGUGAUGAAGAAGAAGAAGAAGACGACGACGAGGAUGGUGAUGAAACGGUGCAAGACGAGGAAGACGAGAAUGUGGAAGGCUACGGCGAGGGAGAACCAAAUGAAGAGAGGGAAAGCGCCGAGGAAUCGCUAUUAUUGCGCAUGAAGGAUCAAAGCGUAAAAGCGAACCUUGAUUCAUCGACGGUGUCUAUUGAUUUGGAUUCGACGCUUCCGCACACCGUUGAUUCAUUCUGCAGGCAGAAUUUUCCCUCGGCGACGUUGUUCGAGUCGCUGCCGGAUAAAGACAAGGUGACCGCUUUCCGCGAGUACCUGAACGCGAUUCCAAAAGAUGAUUAUCUGGUGCACGUGGCCUUUACGAUUCUAAAGUGCAGCGACCUGAGCGAACAGCAACCGGAGGCGCUUAACGUCGCGCUAGCGCUGUACAAGGAUGCGUUUGCAUUUGCCAAGGCAAAUAAGCGACUGCGAAGCUUGCGGAACUUUGUGCUCAUCCAACUCGGGUUGCUCAAGUCCGAAGAUCGUAGCUUCCGGCCGAGCUACAACAUGCAGAUGUGCCAGCAAGUGUUACGGGCGGCCAUCAAACAGAAUCUAAUACCGGAGGAGGAAACUAACAUGUUCGAGACAUUUUUCACUCUGAAAGGAUAA